AGUUAGUUCCUCAGUUAUCUGCUUGCUGUGGUGAGUCCUUCAUGCUGUCUCCAGCUUUUUUGUUGAUUGCGAAACGUACUGCGCCCCUAUAGGUGGCCAGAAACAAUUUCUGAAAUCUCCAAAUCCAAAAAAAAAGAUGAUGAUGACUCGCCAUCUUUCCCUCAAAGUACCUUCAUCUCUUGAAAUCCCCUUGUUGACCAUGUUGGUAAAAAAAUAUUGCUUAUAAUCACAGCUAUUUAUGAUAGUAUAGUUUUGUUACCGAAGUUAUUUAUUUUCGUCCGCCUGUUUCUCUGGAGUUUCCACUCGUUCCUUCAUGAACAUUCUGUUCACAUCAGGAGGGGGAGGAUGGGAUACGGCACCAUCCAAUAGCUGGGCCUAGCUCAGGUCGAGGUCUGGUUGUCUUUUUCAUUUUCGUUGCAACUAAUUUUCAUUGGAAGGAAGGGAAACUGAAAAGAUGGCAUCUUUCGACGAUUUUGUCGGGACGGCGACCGCCAUGGGCGGCAACGAUUUGUCGAGAAGUUGGCUAAAAGAGCUCUGGGAAGGUGCAGACGGAGACAUGAAUCGUGCCAUAAAUCAUCUCUUAGAUACACCGGAAGAGAAGUAUCAAAGAUCGAGCAAAAAACGAGUUAUGAUGGUGUUGCUUCUAGGCGUAGCCUUUUUGUUGAUCAAUAAAACUCAUCACUAAAAACUUCAAUGUUAUCUGAUACCAGAAGCAGAAGCAGAAACUCCAGGUCCAGCACCAUACUACAGAUAAAUGAUGAGGAACUAUUCUUACAGUCCUUGUUUUUCCGUGCUGUCACAGCCUGGCUCCUCGUCAAUACUUUUCGGUUUGUUUUUGCUAUGCAUGAUAUGCAUCGAUUUGGUGCAUUUGCAACGUUGAAGACGAUUGACUAUUCCCCGAUUCAUUUGAACUGACAAAGCAGAGCGGGGCUCGAGUGGCGGAUCCAGUCGAAAAAGUAAACGCGGUAGCGUAUCGUCGAGAGAACAACAGCCAGCAGAUAGCGGGAGCGCAGGCGCCAAUGCCGGUGGCGGGGUGGCUGAUCAAGGCGCAGAUUUGACUAGUUUUUUCGAUAUUCCACAGCCUCAGCCUGGUGAUCAAUUUCCAGAGGUGAUGUCCGGGCCCGCCGGAAUGGCCGGGGUAGCGGCGCAGCAGAGUAGCAACUUCGCCUCGUCUUCAGCUAGCAAAACCAGAACGGAUCACUCAUCGGCGCAACAGCAGGUUGGUGGAAUGGACGGCACGAAUGCGUCGAUAGUUGACCCACCUCAGAUGGACAUGGGAGGACAGGGAGCGGGGAACGCAAGCACUAACUUCCAAUCACAGCAGAUGGGUGGCAGCCGAGGAUCCAUGAUAUUCCAGAGUCAGCAUCCUGCGAUGAACCAGUCAACAGCAAACUUUGGCGACAGUGGAUUCGGGGUCGAUCCGAAUGCUAGCAUGGCUAUGUCUGGAGGCGCUGGUAUGGUAGGAUCCUCCAUGAAUAUGAACGCGUCAGCAGCCGGCGCUGGUAACUUCAACAACGCCAAUGCGAGUGCAUACAACUACAACCCGAUGAUAAGCAUGAAUAACGCGGAGUUCCACAACUCCUCGAUGAUUCACAGUGGCCAUCAACAGGCAGGGGCUCCACUUAAUGCCUCCAUGCCCCCGCAGCAGGCGAAUGCCAGUUUUGUUGGAGUUGCCACGAGUCAACCGCCAAGUAGCAGUAUGAUGAUGGGUAGUAUGCCGCCCGGAAGUUUCGGGGCGACUGGGGGCGAACCCACCAUGUCAAUGCCACAGCCGCCCCAAUUCGGAGCCUCCCAGGGGGCACCGGGGCAAACCGCGUCGUACGUCCAGCAGAGCAUUCCUCCAGGCGCUGCUCCAAGCUCACAAGCUCCGGACAACAACGUUUACAACCCGAACGCGAACGCCGUACCAGUGAUGCAGCAGCCGCAGCAGCAAUUUCAGCAACCACGAGUCGCACAGGGCGCUGGACCGUAUGUUCAACAACAGGCACCUCUAGCACCGCAACAUCGGCAUCCUCUGGCAGACGUGCUUUCGAUGCCUGUGGGUGUGCAACAAGGGAUGCAGGAGUCUCUGGGAGGCCAGCAGCCGCUAAUCAAUAGCUACGUGCAGCCUCCACUUGUGCCGGGUAACUAUUUGGCCGGAAAUGCGGCCGCCACAGAAGUUGCGCAUCCUUUAUCGCCUCAGCACACCUGGCAGCAGGCGCACCUUCCGCCAGUCGCAGCAUCGUUCCAGUCGGACAGGGACAUGCUUUUACGAGGAAACAUGACUCCGCCACGGUCUUCUGGUGAACUUGGACUGGUCGAGCAGUUACAGAUUGCGAAACGAUUACAGCAGCACGCGGAUGCCGUGGCUGCAGCGGCGUCGACAAGUAAAGCAUUGGGGUUAAUGUCCUCGCAAGGCGCAGGAGGUCCUAUUGAUGAACUGCUGCAAAGAAAUGAAGCGCUCUUGCGCGCCUCGGGGGCGCUGUAUGAAAGUUCCGACCUGCAAUUGACCAACAGAAUUAACAGUUUGUCACCGGCACCGGCCGCGAGACAAGUCGGCGGAGCAGCUGGCAUUCUUGAUGCUGCAGGGGCGCCUGGAGGUGUUAUGAUGCCACCUGGUCGUGCUGGAGCUGUUGCGACUUCAUCUCCCUAUCUUCCGCGCGGGCGAGUUACGGCAGGACCACCAGAGGCAGUACCCACGACGUCGAGUGCUCUUGCCAUUGUUCCCACCGGCGGAGCGUCCCAGUCCUCAGCAUUGCGAAAGGAAGACGAGCAGCUCCAAUUGCAGCUUCUGCAACAGCAAAGAAUGCUUCACAACAUGCGAAACAUUGUGCUUAUGCAGAAUUCGCGCUUGUCCACACUCAGCAAAAAGGAAGGCUCUAAGCAGGGAGACAAUGACGCAGACGACUGGUGGAACCGGGAAAGUUCAGGCGGUGGAAUCACAUCAAAAAAUCCAUUCGCUGACGCUGCGCGUGGUGGAGGUGGGGCGCAUUCUCUAUGUCCUGGAGGUGGUCGGAAAGGAGCAGGCGCCGCUGCUUCUUCGGCAGCACUGGCACGCCAACUGUCCCUCUCACUGACCCCCCGGCGCCGAAGUACCGUUGCAGCACCAGGAUCGGCAACAUGGCUGCAGCGUGCGCAAGCGAACAGCGCAGAUCGGAUGCCGUCGCCAGCGGUGCUCCCGGCAAUGUCACCAAGACAGCUCUUCGGAGACACUUCUACCGCAGCAGCUCAACGACAGCUUGCUCUUGCAGGAGGCAUGAGUAACCUGUCUCCGAGCCUAGCCGCGGCAAGAAGUGCAGUUGCUGGGCUACCAUAUCCUGGUAUGAGUGCUUCCGCUCCUGUCGCAGCUGGAGGUCUUCCGCCCUCUUCCAGCAAUGGGGGUCUGUUACCUCAGGCUACGCUGGACCAUCUAGGAGUUCUAGGUGCAGCGAGCUCGGCCGCGCUAGGUGGCACUACUGGAGUAGGUGGAGGGCUGGCCACAGCGGCUGGGUUGGCUGCUCCACAAUCGGCGUAUCUGCCGACGUCAGCUGCGUCACUACGAGGAGGUCCCGGUGGCUUAGCAGGUAGCCUUCCACCUGGAGCAGGUCACACACAACUCGGAUCUUCAUCUGCGCUACUCGCAUCAGCAGCGCAUCCACAUCUCCAAACAGCAUGGGGAGCCAGCUUGCACGGACCGCCGACCACUCAGUUGUACUGUUCGCUUCCCACCUGGUUCCCAACUGCGUCGGCAAGCGACCUCAUGUACAACCCCAGUGUGUUAACUCAAUCCUUACCUGCACAACCGCUGGGAGCGCUGGUCAGUAGCUAUCCUGCUGUAGCAAUGCGCUGA